ACACACCCACCGUAAAGUAGCACACACGGAAAUUUUAUUUAUCACACUUCAUAUUGCACAGAAAUGAAAAUAUCAAUACUUUCCAUAAACAUUACUCAAUUGACAGGAUGUUCUCGGAUGGGUUUACAUUAAAAGUUUCUAAAUGAGACCUUGUAAGCACAUCUAAUAUGAACAGUUCUCAGUUAACACUUCAGACCUUCAAAGGCAUACACUGUGAAAAGGAGGCAAGCUGGGCAGGCAAUCGACAUGGAUUUGUUAUGCCACAUUGGAUUUUUGAUGUCAAGUUUUCCACAGCAUCUUUAUUCUACAGUGUGACAUUUUCGACUCAACAUGAACUCAUGGGGGUGGACAAUUAUGAUGAGAUACGAUCUGGUUUCAGGUUUAAAAAUGUGAUUUAAAACCCCCAAUUGAAGCUUUGUCAACCUGAAAUUUGGUUGAAAUCUGUGUUGCACUGUUUUCUUUUUCUCUUACACUAGGCCACAUAAUACACUCGGGAGGGAGUCCUGGAUUUUGGUCCAGAUGCUGUAACUCAAUAUCCCAGUCACCCUGAUAAACUGCACUGUCUCUGGGGUUCAUGUGUCAUGUGUGUGUAAAAGAACAAACAGGAACAUGCAGAGGGAAGAGAGAGGAUUUGGCCAAAUGAACUCAAAAAUCACUUCUAGCAAAAUUCUAUUAGGUUGAGUAAAGGCCAUUGAAUUUCAAUAUACAGGUCACUGUAAGGUGAACUAAACUGGCAUGUUCAUUUUAGCUAAGCAUUUUAAGUACUUUAAAACACAACCAAAUAAACAGCACCCCUUCUGGCCCCUCUCUAACAUUAUGCCAGUAACUCAAUCUGGAAUACUUUCAGCAACUGAGAUUUAAGCUAAUUCUUAACCUGAGCUCCUGUCUAUGUUUUCUUAUUUGGCUACUUUUAGACAUUCAACGACCUAUCUUUGACAAGAAAGCAAGUCUUAGAGUGACCCCCUGAGCACAGAGCCAGGAGUCAGCCCCGAGCACUGCCGCCAGGUGUGUCCCAAAAACCAAAGGGAAAAAAAUAUCAUUUCAAGAAUUGCCUCUAGUUGGAGACAUUCUAAGUACAAAUGGCCUCGCUGGCAGAAAAUGAUCGAAUUUUAUCCUUCCCAGGACUUUCCCGAGGCCCACGUCCCAUUAUAAGAUUACAACCGCAGUGGUCAGAAAUGGAAGUUAUUUCUGAUGCUCUCAAUAGCUUCACAAAACAAAUUGCCAGAGGGGUUGCAUUAGAAAUAAAAAAAUCAAUUCUAGAUAAAUGCAGAGCACACAGAAGCCUCCAAAUCAGCCCGAAAGAACAGUUAUAUGAAUCAUUUAGUUAUUUAAAGGCAGGCUGGAAGAGAUGGAGAAAUACUUUCCUAAUGUCUGAAGAAUGGGGUCAUCAUUUCUGUGCGGGGUGCAUCUUAUCAAAAUAACGUCCCGAGCAAAGAAACGAGAAAACUGCCGCUCCCGGAGCCUGGCUAGCUGCCUGCCCAUUAUCUCGCCUGGCACUGAAGCUGGAGCAGGCAGCAAUUAGAUCUGACUGUCUGGAAGAGAAAUUGGAAAUGAAAAGCUUUUCCCACAGGCUAUCAAAGGCAGAAAACUCCCGUCGGCUCCCGGUUCCACGGCGGUCCGGCCCGAGAACAGGAAGGGAGCACUCGGCAGGGGUGGGGAGGUGGGAGCACUCCCCUGACCGAGGCUAGUCAAAGGCGCCGCUAGGGGCGCGAGGCGCGAGGGGCCGGGCGCAGGGCGGGCUCUGCACCUCUGGGGUGAGCGCCAGAGGGGCGCUGCCCUGCGCGGCCCUCUCCUGGGUGUCACCGCGCAAAGUCGCCGCCUAAUCCCCGCUCACGCGCGUUCAUUAGGGGCUCCCCCAGGCGGAAAGUCUCCAGCCAGGAAUCGGGGGCCCCCCCGCCCCCCGCCGCGAGCCCCGGCCAGGGGCCCGGGAUCUUCUCCGCUCUGUGCCCCUCCCAGUCUCCCUCGACCGACUCCCUAGUUGCGUGAACUUCGGCCCGUCGGGCCCCCCGAGGCGGCUGCCGGCGGGGGUGGGGUGGGGCGGGUCCGAGUCGUUUCCUCCCGCUCGGCGGCCCUUGGCCCUAGGGUGCCGCGGGGCGGGGCGGCCCCAGGCCGAGGCCGCGCUAUUCCUGUCGCGGUGAGCUACGGGCAUGUUAUGUGCGGCGUCCAAUCACGCCUCCGACCCGCCACGCUGACCCGCGCUCCCCCCUUCUCUAAUCCCCCAGGCUUUGAUGUGAUCCUCGGCGCGGAACAUGCUCACCCCCCUGCCCCGCGGCCAGUUGUCCCUGGUGUGGCAGAUGCCCGCAGAACCCGUCCUCCUCGUCCACCCCGGGAGGUCAGAACGCUCUCCCUGCACUCCCGGGCGGCCCCCGAUCCGGGCCACGUCUGCACCUCGGGGCCGUCGGAGAUCCAGCAGGUACCCUGGCUUGGCCCUUCCAGGUGAUGGUGUGUGGCCACCACGGCCCCUGGCAUGCCUUUGGGGGCUCCCCGAGCUGGGACCGGGAGGGAGCUUUGGCCCACGCGCUGGGAGCCUCAGAAACCAAAGCCUACACCCCCCGCGGGAGACUCCGCCCUCCGUGGCCUCCUCUCCUAGGGGUUUCUGAAAACUGUUUCAAACCGACUUGCUCAGAGGACACGGGGCGACCUGCAGUUCUGGAGGCAGGAGCCUUGAGCUUGCAACUGAGCAGACUAAGACGGGCGCCUGCUAGGGGCUCCCUGCGCUGCUGCUGCUCCCCGCCCGGCCCGGCCGUUUCCCACGCCGGGCACCAUGAGUUACUUCCUCUCUUACUGCAAGGCACACGGCGGCGCGCUGCUCACCGGCUACCAGGCCCUGCGAGCCGAGGGCUUCCUGUGCGACGUGACGCUGGAAGCCCAGGGCAGUGAGUUCCCGGCGCACCGCUCUCUGCUUGCGUGCUCCAGCGACUACUUCAGGGCCCUGUUCAAAAGCCACACCCGGGAGUCCCGGGAACGCGUGAUCCAUCUGCACGUGCCGUCGGCGGCCGGCCUGCAGCGCCUGCUGGACUUCAUCUACACAGCCUGGCUGCCACUCUCCCUGGACACCUUGGAGGACACGCUGGAGGCCGCCAGCUACCUGCAGGUCACCGAGGCGCUUGGGCUGUGCGGCCGCUACCUGGAGCGCCAGCUGGCCCCUGACAACUGCUGCUUCGCCGCCAACGUGGCGGCGCGCUUUGGGCUGGCGCACACCCUGGGCGCCGCCGAACGCUGCAUCGUGCGCCACCUGCGGGACCUUAUAGCCCGGGGCCCGGGGCCCGCGGGGCUGCUGGAGCUCAACCCCGCGUCGUUAAAGGUCGUACUGGGUGCCCCCGACGUGACGCGGGUGCCCGAGGCUCGGCUCCUCGGCCUGGCUCUGGCCUGGCUAAGGCAGGAGCCCCGAGCCCAACGCCUGACCCACUGCAACGAGCUGCUCGAGCGCAUCCGCUUCGGCCUGGUGCCCGCCCACCUGCUGCGGCGCGUCUACUCCGGCAGCGGCCUGGUGUUGCCCACCCGCAUCAAGUGCCUCAUCAUCCAAGCCCUCAACUACCACACGGCGCCCUCCCGCCAGCCGCUGCUACAGGGCGAGCAGACGAGCGUGCGGAGCCCCCAAACCCGCAUCCUGUUGGUCGGGGGGCGCAGGGCCAGGGAGCUGGUGGAGGAGGAGGUGCAGGCCCGGCAGCGAGUGGCAGCGGCAGCGGCAGCGAGGGCCAGGGCCCUUGCAGCGGAGCCUGAGGCGGCGGGAGAGGAAGAGGAGGAGGAAGAAGAAGGGGAGGAGGAGGAGGAGGGAGAGGCGGAGGAGGCCGCGGGGGAGGAGGCCGCGGAGGAAGAGGACGAGGUCAGGGAGGAGGAGUGGGAGCUCACCCGAGACGUGGUGGCCUUCGACGUGUACAACCAUCGCUGGCACAGCCUCACGCAGCUGCCAGCGCCGCUACUGGGGCACUGCGUGUGCGUCGUGGGCAAUUUCCUGUUCGUGCUGGGCGGGGAGAGCCCUUCGGGCGGUGAGUCUGCACCCGGGGCCUCAGGCCCGCGAGCGGUCACCGCCCACGUGCACCGCUACGACCCGCGUUUUCACGCCUGGACGGCGGUGCCCGCGAUGCGGGAGGCGCGGGCCCACUUCUGGUGCGGCGCCGUGGCCGACGGGCUCCUGGCCGUGGGGGGCCUGGGCGCGGGCGGCGAGGCGCUGGCCUCGGUGGAGAGAUACGACCUGCGCUGGGACCGCUGGACGGCGGCGGCGGCGCUGCCCCGGCCGCUGCACGGCCACGCGGGCGCCGUCGGGGAGCGCGGGGCGGUCUACAUCUCCGGCGGCAAGGCCGGCGGCGGCGAGGGCGGCGGGAACAGCCUCCGGGACGUGUACGCCCUGGGCUCGGGGGAGCACGCGUGGAGCAAGAGGGCCCCCAUGGGCACCGCCCGCUUCGGGCAUCACAUGGCAGCGCUGCGCGGCGCGGUGUUCGCCUUCCUGGGCCGCUACGAGCCCUUCUCCGAGAUCGAGCGCUACGACCCCGCCAGCGACCAGUGGACUCGCCUGCGGCCGCUGCCCUACGACCGCUUCUGCUACGGGCUAGCGGUGGUGGAGGAGACGGCGCUGCUGUUGGGCGGUCUCAAGUGGCGGGACUCGCGCCAGGUGCCCACCCGCAACGUGGUGGGCUACGACCUGGACCUGGACCGCUGGGAGGACAUCAGCUGCGUGCUGCCCUGGGCCUGGAGCGGCCUGCAGUGCGCCGUGCUGCAGCUGGCCGAGGGCGGGGAUGACAGGGACCAAGAGUCCGCAGAGGCGCCCGAUCUGGCGCUGGACUUCACAGGCUAGGGCCGCCCAGGAGUGGCAAGAAAGGAAGCGGCUCGCGACCGGGUGCAGAGCAAGCGACACCUGGGGUCUUCCGCAGCCGGCAACUCAGGGUUGUGAAGGUGGCAAACGUUUGCCCUUCAGUGAAUGGGGGAGCAGAGGGGUCAAAGCCAAAAGGAACAGGAAGCCGCUCAGAGAGAGUUGGGGAUUUAUAAAGACUCAGGUGGGGUGAGAGCUGGAUUUUCAAAACAAAAAGGUGGCCCCAUUUCCCUAGAUUAAUGCAAUUUGUUAGGAGCUAGAGCGUGAUAACUUUUGUGCCAAACAAGCAAAAAGGCCAGAAAAACAGGGCCACAAGACGCUCCACACAGAACAGAGACGAUUGUUAAAGGAUGCAAUAGUCAUAAAGAUAGUAGUCAUCAGGAUAAAGAGGGGCGGGCAAGUGCCCUGGCAGACAGCUAGAACUCCUGGGAAGGAGCAGCCAGAGCAGAGUUCAUAGGUCUGCUCUGAUGGGUGGAAUCAUGAAAAAGAGAUGGAAAGAAGUCUCAUAGGAAAGCACACUUUCACCCUUUCUUUGGGGGAGAAAACUAUCACAGAUUA